AUGGGGAGCUGCUGCAGCUGCCUGAACAGAGACAGCGUCCCGGACAACCACCCCACCAAGUUCAAGGUGACGAAUGUGGAUGACGAGGGGGUGGAGCUGGGCUCCGGGGUCAUGGAGCUGACGCAGAGCGAGCUGGUGCUGCACCUGCGUCGGCGCGAGGCUGUCCGCUGGCCCUAUCUCUGCCUGCGGCGCUAUGGCUACGACUCGAACCUCUUCUCCUUUGAGAGCGGCCGCCGGUGUCAGACGGGCCAGGGGAUAUUCGCCUUCAAGUGCUCCCGGGCCGAGGAAAUUUUCAACCUGCUUCAGGACCUGAUGCAGUGUAACAGCAUCAGUGUGAUGGAGGAGCCGGCCGUCAUCACCCGCCACAGCCACCUGCCUGAGCUCGGCCUCCCUCGGGCGCCACAGCCUCCCACUGCUCUAGGUUACACUGUCUCCAGCUUCUCCAAUGGCUUCCUUGGCUGCCCGGGAGAGGGCCCGAGAUUCUCAGCUCCCCGGCGCCCCUCGACAAGCAGCCUGCGACACCCCUCGCUUGGGGAAGAGUCCACUCAUGCCCUCAUUGCCCCUGAUGAGCAGUCCCAUACCUAUGUCAACACGCCAGCCAGUGAGGAUGACCACCGCAGGAGCCGGCAUUGCCUGCAGCCCCUGCCCGAGGGCCAGGCGCCCUUCCCCCCACAGCCCGGGGGCCCUGACGCGGGGGACCCCCAAGUGUUCCUGCAGCCGGGCCAGGUGAAGUUCGUGCUGGGCCCCACCCCUGCUCGGCGGCACAUGAUGAAGUGCCAGGGCCUCUGCCCCAGCCUGCAUGACACCCCCGCCCACAACAACAACAACGAGGGCGCUUCCGAGUGCCUGGCCCAGCCCAAGUGCACCUACGAGAACGUCAGCGCGGGGCUGCGGCCAGGGGCCGGCUGGAGACUGAGCACGGAGGAGCCGGGCUGGAACGGCCUUGCCCACCGCCGGGCCGCCCUGCUGCACUAUGAGAACCUGCCCUCCCUGCCCCCUGUGUGGGAGAGCCACGCCCAGCAGCUGGGGGAGGAGGCUGGGGAUGACGGAGACUCGAGGGACGGCCUCACUCCCUCCUCCAAUGGCUUCCCUGAUGGCGAGGAGGACGAGACCCCACUGCAGAAGCCCACCAGCACUCGGGCUGCCCUCCGUAGCCACGGCAGCUUCCCUGUGCCGCUGACCCGCCGCCGAGGCUCCCCGAGGGUCUUCAACUUUGAUUUCCGCCGGCCGGGGCCCGAGCCCCCCAGGCAGCUCAACUACAUCCAGGUGGAGCUGAAGGGCUGGGGUGGAGACCGCCCCAAGGGGCCCCAGAACCCCUCGCUCCCCCGAGCCCCCGCGCCCGCCGCCCACCUUCCCCGCCGCUCAGACUCCUACGCCGUGAUUGACCUCAAAAAGACCGUGGCCAUGUCCAACCUGCAGAGGGCGCUGCCCCACGACGAUGGUACUGCCAGGAAAACGCGGCACAACAGCGCGGACUUGCCUCUGUAGGGACCCCUCGCGCCCCGCCUCGCGCUCCGUCCCCUGAACCCACGCCCCGGGUUCCAGGUUGCUUUGCAGAAGGGCGCCGAGGUGGAACUAGACGCU